GGCCGCAUUGAAAUGAAAACCCUUAGGUGGCAUUGAAAAGCAACCAUAAAUCCCUGAACCACACAAAUCAAGCCAUAAAGAUUCUGUUUUUACGUAAACAUCAUGCAUGGCCCAAUUAGCAUUUUGAUUUUGAAUAAAACCCUAAACCCCGUUCAUAAUUUCAUGCUUUGUCCCACCAAAUUUAAGCAUUUGCUAGCCCUAUAUAAACAAUCUUUCCCUCCCUCUCUUUUGAUCAAUUCAAACUUGGAAAUCUUUAGACAUUUCUAUAUCGCUCCUCUCUUGCAAAAACUUGAGUUGUCUUCAUGGAUAAGCUCAUAGUCCUUGCUUUUCUCAUUGCCCAUUUCUUCAUUUUCCCACUAGGCAACUUUGUGCAUGGUGCUAUUGCUGCUACAAUAACAUCAUGUAGCCAAACCCCGUACCCUGAAGUGUGCAACUAUUUCAUGGGAAAUAGCAUUGUUGCAGUAAGCCUUGACGAAACCGAAUUGUCGUUCCGUCACCUUGCCAUUCAGGUGACCCUGGACCAAGCAGUCCGAGCUCACCAGCUCGUCUCAGAUAUGGACAUGAGUUCAUUUGAUGAGCGAGCUAAGUUGGCUUGGAAUGAUUGCUUGGAGCUCUAUGAGAACACCGCUAGCCUUCUUAACCAAUCAAAGAGCACUAACAAUCCUAUAGAUGCUCAAACCUGGUUAAGUGCUGCAAUUGCCAACCAACAAACCUGCCAAAAUGGCUUCAUUGACUUCAACUUGGCCUCUCAUUUACAAACCUUACCAUCAAUGUUAGGCAACUUUUCAAAGUUGCUUAGCAAUUCUCUGGCUGUAAAUAAGGCCACUGUUACAUCCUCUUCUGCCCACAGUAACUUUGCUAAACAAGUUGGCAAUCGACGCCUGUUUGCCUAUGGAUUUCCAUCUUGGCUUUCGGCUACUGAUCGAAAGCUCUUGCAAAAAACCGAUGCACCACCAAAAGCUGAUAUUGUGGUGGCUCAAGACGGCUCCGGCAAUUUUAAGACCAUAACCGAGGCAGUGGCAGCAGCAGGUGGGGGCAAAAGAACUGUUAUAUACAUAAAAGCUGGAGUUUACAAGGAAAAUGUGGAUAUCAAGAGAUCAACUAAAAAUAUAAUGCUAAUUGGGGACGGAAUUGAUGCCACGGUUGUUACUGGUAGCAAGAAUGCGCAAACUACAACAACUUUUCGUUCAGCAACUGUUGGUGUCGCGGGUGACGGCUUCAUAGCUCGUGACAUAACCUUUGAGAACACCGCCGGGCCUCAGAAACACCAGGCGGUUGCCCUCCGAUCCGGCUCCGAUUUCUCAGUCUUCUAUCGUUGCAGCUUCAAGGGUUACCAAGAUACCUUGUAUGUUUACUCUCAACGCCAAUUCUAUCGUGACUGUGACAUUUAUGGAACCGUUGACUUCAUAUUUGGUGACGCUGUUACUGUUCUUCAAAACUGCAAUAUCUAUAUCCGGAGACCAAUGAGCAGCCAAAAGAACACCGUGACAGCACAAGCAAGAACCGACCCCAAUGAGAACACGGGCAUAAUUAUCCACAAUUCACGUGUUACAGCGUCGUCGGAUAUGAGGGCCGUUCAAGGUUCGUUCAAGAAUUAUUUGGGGAGGCCAUGGCAGAAAUAUUCAAGAACUGUGUUCAUGAAGAGUGGUUUGGAUGGACUGAUAGAUGCAGAAGGGUGGCUACCAUGGAGUGGAGGCUUUGCUUUAGAUACUCUUUACUAUGCUGAGCAUAUGAACACUGGUGCCGGUGCAAGUACUAGUGGAAGGGUGAAGUGGGGUGGAUAUCAUGUCAUAACCGCCACUGAAGCCGCAAAAUUCACUGUUGGUAAUUUUCUGGCCGGAGAUGCUUGGAUUCCGGGAACCGGAGUACCAUUUGAUGCUGGGCUGUGAAUUUUUGACAGGGUUGGCGUGAUUUCGCCGUUUGGAAAAUGUAAAUAGAAAGUGACCCAGAUGUUUAUCAAUUGUCACAUAGUUUGUGUUGGUUAAUUUCUUAACUUUAUAUGCGAUAAAAAUAGGAGAUUCUAAAUAUAUAUUUAUAUUAUAUAUAGUUGAAUUUGUCAAA